AAAGGUGGCAAGAACCCCAUACACCUCACUCCCCCCCUGCAAAACUCUCAUACUCAUCCUUCCACCAAACGCCGGAGAAUCAAACAACCAAUGAAAUGACACCGGAAAGUUUAAUAGCAUCGGCGGCAAUCAACAUAGGCCUUGCAUUCAUCAUCCUCUGUCUCUUUUCCGUCUUCCGGAAACAGCAUUCAAAUGCCAACAUAUACUACCCUCGUCGUCUCUCUCUUCACCAUCCCAUUUCCUUCGAUCGUUCCUUUACUCUUCGCCGGUUUCUUCCCUCCGUUGAUUGGAUCCGCGACGCCGUUAGGGUUUCUGAGGACGAGAUUCUUUGUACAUGCGGCCUUGAUGCACUCGUUGUCAUGCGGUUCUUCAAACUCGGGAUAAAGUUUUUUGUGGUGUGUUCUGCUGUGGGAUUGAUGAUUCUUCUGCCACUCAACUGUUCUAAUUCCUAUGGUUCAUCAUCAACCUCUCGGUCCAUGGAUUCCCUCGCAAUUUCCAAUAUUCCUGAAGGAUCAAACAAGCUUUGGAUACACUUCGCAUCGUUGUGCUUCAUCUCGUUUUUUGGAAUAUAUAUGCUUCACAAGGAAUACAAAAUUGUUCUUGGUAAAAGAGUUCAACAAUUGCGUAACAUGAGGCAUCAACCAAGUCAACGCACUGUUCUGGUUCGGCAAGUAUCAUUAUGUGAUGAACACAAGACGUUUAGUUGCAAUGUUGAUCAUUUCUUCUCUAGAUAUCAUCCAAAUGCCUAUCACUCGUUUCAGAUUCUGUAUGGUGGAAACCUUAUUGAGGAGUUGCCGGUUGCUUUUGUUACAUUUAGGUCUCGUUGGGAGGCUGCACUUGUUUCUCAAACACAACAACAUCCAAAUCCGUUAAUGUGGAUCACUCAAAUGGCCCCGGAACCUAGAGAUGUAUUAUGGAAGAAUUUAUCCAUCCCUUAUAAGCAUUUAGUACUCUACAGAACCGGGGUUUAUACUGCAGAAGUUCUAUUCACUAUAUUCUUUGCUAUCCCGGUAACUGCUGUCCAAGGAAUAGCACAGUUUGAAAAACUAAAAACGUGGUUUCCUCCAGCCAUGGCUGUCCAAUUGAUACCAGGAUUGAGCUCGGUUAUUACAGGAUAUCUUCCAAGUGUUAUUCUUAGUGGGUUUCUUUAUGUUGUUCCUUUUGUUAUCAAAGGAAUGGCGGGAGUAGCCGGUUAUGUUUCAAGAAGUGAACAAGAACAAAAAGCUACCAACAUGGUUUACUACUUUUUAAUGGCUAAUGUAUUUUUCAUGAGUGUUUUAUCGGGGUCAUUACUUGAUCAAAUCGGGAAAAGUUUCUUUAACCCACGGGAUGUACCAAGCCAUCUUGCAAGGGCUGUCUCUGCUCGAGCAGACUUCUUUAUGACAUAUAUAUUGACGAGUGGGUUGGCGGGAUUUUCAAUCGAGAUGCUACAACCCGGAUUACUUACAUGGGAUACUCUGAAACUGUAUACGUGGGGCCGAGGAAAAAAGAAAUCGAACUAUCUUUUUUCAUUUCCUUAUUAUAGAGUUAUUCCAUUUGUUUCUCUUUUUGUGCUUAUUGGCAUUGUGUACGCGGUCAUUGCACCAUUGUUGCUUCCAUUUCUCAUCUUCUACUUCCUUCUAGGCUAUGUAGUAUACGUCAAUCAGUUUCAUGAUGUGUAUGAAACAACAUACGAGACGUGUGGACAGUAUUGGCCUCAGAUCCAUCAUCAUGUUGUUGUAGCCAUCAUCGUCAUGCAAAUCACCAUGAUUGGGCUCUUUGGACUCAAAUCAAAACCCUCUACAUCUAUUGCGACAAUACCGCUCCUUAUUGUCACUAUAGCUUACAAUGAGUAUUGCAAAUUCCGAUUUCUUCCUACAUUUUAUAACUGCUCUGUCCAGGAUGCCAAGGAUAGUGAUGAGCUCGACAAAUAUGGACCAAGUGAUGCUGAUGCUGCUUGUCUUAAAGCUGUAGAGGCAUAUCGACCGCCUUUUUUGCCUCAAGCGCGUGUCACAAUGGAAGAAUCAACCUCGAAACAACCGUUAUUAUUAGCAACACCCUAAUGCUUAUUUUUCUUUUCCGUAGGGCAAAUUUAUUAAUUUACAUACGUUUUUCUCUGUAGAGGUUGUGAUGAUAGACACAGUUUUACAGUUGGUGAGUUUGGUUAGCCUAGCUGAACCAACAUAGAAUGUGUUGCUUAUUGUGAAAUACACAAAAA